UUUUCCGUACUGCACAAAACCAUCGACAACCGACUGACGGCGAUUGCUGAGACAACCGCUUCACCGCUGCUCUUCCACCGUCUGCCUCCUUCUUCAUCCUUCUUUGCUGGAGCAAGCAAGCAGGGGACGCCACCGCUUGUUGUUAUUGUUGAGUGAGGACAAGACAACACACACACACGACCAUGAGCUCCAUUGGCACAGGGUAUGACUUGUCGGUGCAGACAUUCUCGCCGGCCGGUCGCGUGUUCCAGAUUGAAUACGCACAAAAGGCAGUGGACAACAGCAGCACUGUGAUUGCUCUGCGUGGCAAGGAUGGUGUGGUGUUUGCCGCCGAGAACACAAUUGCCUCCAAGCUGCACGAGGCAAAGACAACCCGCCGCGUCGCAACCAUUGAUCGCCACAUUGGCCUGGCCUACUGCGGUUUUGUCACAGAUGGUCGCUCGGUUGCCAACGAGGCGCGCUCGUAUGCCACCCGCUUCCGUGACCUCUACGGGCACCCCAUGCCAGUCUCGAAACUGAACGACGAGCUGAGCGGCUACUUCCACAUGCUCACACUCUACGGCGCCGCCCGCCCCUGCGGCUGCAGCGUGCUGCUGGGUGCGUACGAUGCGGCCAAGGGUCCACAGAUGUACAUGAUCGAGCCCUCCGGUGUCUCAUGGGGCUACUACGGCUGUGCACUCGGCAAGAACAAGCAGCCUGCACACGCUGAGAUUGAGAAGCUCAAGCUGUCGGAGAUGACGUGCAAGGAGCUUGUCAAGGAGGCCGCACGCAUCAUUUAUGCGACACACGACGAGUCAAAGGACAAGGACUUUGAGCUUGAGCUUGCGUGGGUGUGUGCGGACAGCAACGGGCAGUUUGAGCACGUGCCUGAGGAGCUGCACAAGGAGGCGGAGUCCUUUGCCCAGACGAGCAUGGAGGAAGACAGCGACGAGGAGGAUGACUCUGAUGAGGACGAGGACUGAGCAUCCAACUGACAAGACCACGCACCGUGGCUGUCCUGCUUUUGCCAUUGUGUGUUGCAUGCGUGUGUCGUUUUUCAUGUUGUCGUUUGGUUCCUGUGCACGCAUUGCACGCAUUGCUUGCUUGCAUUCUUGCUUGCUUCCUUGGUGGUUGAUGGGAUAAAGGGGACAUACGAAAAGAG